GAGUGUAUACACACAUGCAUGCACUCAUGCUGUGCCUGGCUUUAUGUGUGUUCUGGGGAUUCAAACUCAGGACCUCAUGCUUACAUGGUGAGUACUUUACCCACUGAGCUAUCUCCUCAGCCUGGGUAUCACUAUUUUUUAUUUACUUAAAGCAAUUCAUGGUUAUCUCCCCAGUUAGACAAGAGUUUGAUUUUUCGACUGUCAGAAAGAGUAAUGUAUUUUUUUUUUUUAGGUUUGCUGUGACCUAUUGUUGCUCACACACCCUUUAGAACAGGGUAGGGAUAAUUGUUGUGGAGAUCCCCUAGUUUGGAGGGUGUUAAACUCUUAGCAGAUUCUAAAUGCACCUUAUCAAACUCAAACCAUGGUUUUCUGUAGCCCUGUUUUUCCUUGUGUGAAUGGCCAAAUGCAGCUACGUUUAACUUGUUCUCAAGUUGAGUCAUCCCAAAGCUGCUUUGAAACUGGCUACUGUGAAGAGAAUGUUGUUUUUCAGAGGAGCAAACAUCUCCCUUAGGAAUCUUAAAUAUCAAAAAUAGGUUUCUAGAAAUCUCCGCCUUAAUAAAUUUUUUAUCUAGACAGAAUCUUGGUGUCCUGCCCUAUUUCUAGGCCUGAUAGGAGCUGUGUUCUGGAAGUUUGCUCAUGAUCCAGUUGGACUGCACACAGACUUCUGGAGCGCUGAAGCCACAGGAAGGCAUGGCCUCCCUGGCAAGGAAGGAGCCCGUCAGACAGAGGAAUCUUAGCAUCUGAAGAAAACAGCAAAGGCAGGAAGGAGACAGGCGUUCCUGGGCCCUGAACUAACUAGAUUCUGGACCUAGGAAGAUGCCUAAAUGCUGUUGUUGGGAAGUUUAAAUGAGAUGUUGCUUAUGCAGUGACGGCAACUGGAGGAAGGGGCGUCAGGAGGGGCAGGAGCUUGACCUGAUCCAGUGUGGCUGCCAACGUGGGGUGGGAGUGGGGAGGGACGAGCGGUAGCAAGCGCUUGGCAGGUGUGGGGCGGGGCGGUCAGCCCAAAGAAAGUAAAGGGAGACUGCAGCCUUAAUCUCUGAAGUAGCUGGGGGCAGGAGUCACCGAAGGAAGAUUGCUGCCAAGUCCGCUGGUGCUAACCUCCCCUGCCCAGGGCCUUCUGAGCCAAGCUCUGGGGUCGGGGUGGGGUUAGAGGAAGGAAAGCAUUUGGAUGGAGCUAGCUCUGGUUGUCAACUUUGGGCUCACUGACUGGAGGGGGCUGUGGGACAGAAAGAUGAGGUCGUAUCGAGCGAGGAGCGGCAGAGAGACAAUGUCCCUGACUCUUUGACCAGACCACAAGCCCAUCUUGAAGAUGUGUUCUACAAACCCAGGCAGCUGGGUCACCUUUGACGAUGACUCUCUUUUUCAGUCUUCUCCGAAGAAAAAGGAUUUAUCUCUGGAGACUCAAGGUGUUUGCAGACCAAAUGGACUGAAGCUGGACCUUCCUGGCCUCAGGGACCUUCCCAAUACCCCCUCCUCCACCGGCAGCACCCCUUUGUCCUCUCCCAUGGUGGACUUUUACUUCAGUCCAGGGCCUCCAAGCAACUCGCCUCUUUCUACACCCACCAAAGACUUCCCGGGGUUCCCUGGCAUCCCUAAAGCGGGGACACAUGUGCUUUAUCCUAUUCCAGAGUGUUCUUCAAGCGGUCCCCCCACAACAGCGGGAGGAGCAGGUCCCCCGUUAUCACUUACUAAGCCAACCUGCUCACCCCAUGUAUCGUUACCCAGUGGCCACUCGCACACCCAGCUGACUCCCACAGCGGGUCUUACAGAAGACGCCAGCCCUCGGGGGGUCCAAAGCGAGGCUCGACAGUUCGAGUAUUUUCAGGAUGACUGUGCUUUUUCCAACCCAUUUUGGAAAGAUGAAGGUGGCAACUCUCAGUUUCCCUUUGACUCCCUGGCAAGCAGAAAGCUGUUCUCACCAAGGGACAAGGAGGUACCUGACGAUCAAAAAAGCCUAAACCAGUGCUCAUUGAACUACAUCUGUGAGAAGCUCGAACACUUGCAGUCAGCGGAGACCCAAGACCCUCUUGGAAACUUGUCUAUGCAGAGCUCGUACGCUGGAGGCACAUUCUCUUUUGUCCCACACACCCUCUUCCGGAGUCAGCCCAAAGCUGGAUGGUCCUUCAUGUUGAGGAUUCCUGAGAAGAAGAACAUGAUGUCUUCCCGGCAGUGGGGACCCAUUUUCCUAAAGGUUCUUCCCGGCGGGAUCCUGCAGAUGUACUAUGAGAAGGGGCUGGAAAAACCAUUCAAAGAGUUCCAGCUCAAUCCGCAUUGCAGACUCUCGGAACCCAAACUGGAGAACUUCAGCAUGGCAGGGAAGAUCCACACUGUGAAGGUAGAGCACGUGUCUUACUCCGAGAAAAGGAAAUACCAUUCCAAGGUGGAGGUGGUUCACGAGCCCGAGGUGGAGCAGAUGCUGAAGCUAGGGUCCACGGAACACCGUGACUUCCUUGAAUUUCUGACUACUGUGGAAGAGGAGCUAGUAAAGCUGCCGGCUACGGCAAAACCGAAGAACAAAAUCUAUGAGGAGCAAGAGAUUCACCUGGACAUUCUGGACAGCUUCUGGGGCAAAGUGACCAAGGAAGAGGGCAAGCUGGUCGAGAGCGCUGUGCUAACUCAGGUCUGCUGCCUCUGCUUUCUAAACGGGCCAGCGGAAUGUUUCUUAGCCUUAAAUGACCUCGAGCUCCAGAAACGAGAUGAACGCUAUUUUGAGAAAGAACCAGAAAAAAGGGGGAUUGAUAUUCUUAACUACCAUUUUCAUACGUGCGUGAAUGCUGAAGAAUUUGAACGGUCCAGAAUCAUUAAGUUCGUACCUCCAGAUGCUUGCCGGUUCGAGCUGAUGCGUUUCAGAACCUCGAGUGAAGGGGAUGAGCUUCCCUUCUCGGUGAAGUCCAUAGUGACUGUCCAGGGAGCCUAUGUGGAGCUGCAGGCCUUUGUCAACAUGACCCCAGCAGUUCAGAGGUCACCCCAUGCAGGUUCCCUGAGGAGCUGUAACAAUAUCAUGAUUCAUUUUCCCGUCCCAGCCCAGUGGAUCAAGGCCCUCUGGACCAGGAACCUUCAGAGGCAGAAGUCCCUGAAAGCCAAAAUGAACCGUCGGGCAUGCCUGGGGAGUUUACAGGGGCCUGAAUUGGAACCUGUCAUUCAGGUCACUGUGGGGUCAGCAAAAUAUGAGAGUGCCUACCGGGCUGUGGUGUGGAAGAUAGAUCGACUCCCGGACAAAAACACAAGUCCCGAUCAGCCCCAUUGUCUGUCAUACAAACUAGAACUUGGGUCAGACCAGGAGGUUCCUUCAGAUUGGGAUCCAUUUGCUACCGUCCAGUUUUCCAUGUCUGAAGCCUGUGCCUCCAGGACAGAAGUGAGGUCUCUGGGAGUGGAGAGUGACGCCCAGCCUCAGAAGCAUGUGUGUCAGCGAGCUUGCUACAACAUCCAGGUUGAAAUAGAAAAGAAGUGGAUUCAAAUAGAUGGAGAGGACCCAGAUAAAGCUGGUGGCUGUGUGACUCAGUAAACAAUGGCGCCCCUUGGGUCAAAUGCAGAACCGACACACAGGGCAGGAAGUUCUGUUGCUGUAUGGUAGGACUGAGUAGCAGCUUUAGGCCAGAGAUCCAGUGGUGAGUUCCAAAGCAGGCCAUGUGCAUGUGACCCUUCUGAUGCCCUGGAUUGUGUCUGGGACUCGUACCAGAUACAUCAUGUUGAAACCUGGAGGCGCUGCUGUCUGACAUGAGACCUGCUGGCCAGUUUGGCUGAAGGGUACUUGGGUUUGGAUGACUCAGUGACUUUGUUUUCAUAACCUGAGUUAGAGGAUUCCCUGUCUCUACUUGCUCUCUGUGUGGAACAGUUCGAGAAGAGGAGAAGAGUUAGGUAUGACCUUGUUGGAGGGAGUGUCACUGGGGCUAGGCUUUGAGGUUGUAAAAGCCCAAGCGAGGCCCAGUGUCUCUGUCUCUGUCUCUGUUUCUGUCUGUCUCUCUGUCUUUCUGUCUCUUUGUCUCUGUCUCUCUGUCUUUCUGUUUCUCUGUCUGUCUGUCUCUCUCUUUCCCUGUGUGUGUGUCUGUCUCUCUCUGUCUCUCUGCUGCCGCCUUCUUCUUCCUCCUCCUCUUCCUCCUCCUUUCUUCUUCUUCUCUGCUCUCAGCUACUGCUCCAGCAUCAUGAAUGCUGUGAAGCCCUCCCCCUACCCCUACCAUGAUGAUAAUGUACUAACCCUCUGAAAGCCAGCAAGCAGCACUCCUCUGCCUCAGCUCCUGCCUCUAGGUUCCUGCCCUGUCCUGACAUCCUUCGAUGACAGACUGUGAUGUGGCAGUGUAACCCUUUCCUUCCCAGCUUGUUUGUGUCAUGGUGUUUCAUCACAGCAAUAGCGUCCCUUCCUAGGACCGUGAGCUGAGAGCACUUUUUUUAGAAGACGUGCAAAGUGAAAGGAAAUGUGUAAUUCUAGUUAAACUGCAGAGUCGGAGAAAUGGCUUGCCAGUCCAGUGUCUGGUGAGGCACCUGACACAGGAGCAGCUGUAACUCCACCUGGCAUUACCAGGAAAGUCAGAAUCCUACACUUUAUGAACUUGAUAUCUUGACGGUUUUUUUUUUUUUUUUUGGUUUGAUAAAGAGUCCUUCAUGUUGUCACUGUGUAUUCAAUUCACGCUGAGCCUAGGCUGUGACACCAGGCCUUCUUCCCCAUGUACUAGGUCUGUUCUGAGUCAAAAAGUUAUACGCAGCUGUUCCAAACCACAUUUGCUUGUUGGCCUAAAGAAUUUAUUCCAUGAGUUUAUAUUUUGUUACCCACAUUUUCGUCUAUUCAAAUAGAUUAAAACAAACAUCCAUGAUGGUUUGUACCAAUCAGACUUUAUUGCUCUCAUUCUUCUACUGUAAAGGCACGGAAAACAAAAGGCAAUGAUAAAAUGGGUUACAUUGCUCUAUUUUAAUUGUGUGAGAUGUUACUCAUAAUAUUUGCUUGAAGCUCUGUCAAGAAGCUAUGCUAGGAAGUCCCAGGGAAGUUACCUGGGUUAAUAACACCUUCUCUUAGAUGUUUUAUGGCCUUCUGCCUAUAAAGAACUUCAUGGUGGAUGCAGAUGAACUUAAUGAAUAUUCAUAUUGCAAGAGAAAUCCAGCAGAGGGUCUGGUACAAGGCAUUAUUCUUCCUGCUCUAAAGGUUGGCUAAUAUGUGUGGGUCACAGUGCUGGGGUCUUUAAUAAGUUACAAUCAAUCAGACUUCAGGACUCUCUCAAGCUUCAGUAUUAAGGUUGGGGGAACAGCAGACUGGCACAAGCCCAAACUGAGUUUCUGGAGCAACGUUGAUGGCAUUAACAGCGUGGUAAAACUGCACACUUGUUAAUUUGCACAUCUAUCAGGACCUCUAAUAUGCAUUACUUAGUGUCAAGUCAACAUUAGGGAUGAGAGGCUUUUAAAUACUGUCCUUCUGACCUUAGAAACCGCAGGAAGUCAAAUGUGGCUUCUAAGCCCCUGCAUGAAAACUUACUGGAACAGUGUAAGAAGUAAAAUCUCUCCCCAGAAGCCAGCAGUGAUCUUCAAAAUCCCCUCUUUUAAAUGAGCUGGAGAGGGAAUUCAAGAAGAAACACUACUUUUAAACAUUUUAAUUUACUCGUGUGACCACUUUGGAUACUACCAGUUUUUAACCUGUCUUUCUGCCUUCACUGCCCUGGUCACGUUGUCUGGGCAGCACAGGACCACAUUAACUGUGCUAAUAAGAGAAAGUUACAUGAUCAGUUAUGUAGGACUGAGCAUCAGAACACUUUCCAUAUCUGUGGGAGUGGCUAUUUAUCAAUUACAAAUGAUACGAAAAUCACACUCUCCAGUUCCCCUUUCGGUCUGGUCUGUGUAUCAGGGAACUGCAGUUGCCUUUCAUGCAGGAACUAUAUUUAUGAUCUAGCCUAUUUCCUACAACUUCAGUUAGACAGUUUUCCUUAACAAUGACUAUUACCAUGUUUCCUUAACAAUGGCUGUUACAAUGUUUUACUCAGACUAUGACUUCCUGACCUAUUGUUACAAACACAGAACAGACUGACCUUGAUAAUCAUGUAACAAAGUAUUUUGUAGAUUACAUAUUGAUUUGUACAAAAUUAAAGAUGUAUUUCAAAUGGU